GGGAUGGGGGGAGCCUGGUGGCCUGCCGUCUAUGGGGUCACACAGAGUCGGACACGACUGAAGAGAUUUAGCAGCAGCAGCAGGCCUGUAUCUAUCGGGGAAACAGGUACAGAUUUCGUCCAGACCGUCAAAAUCAGCUAUUGCUACAUGCCAAGCCACUUUUAUGGCUAGCGCUCACUGGCCAGCCCCAGCAAUUGCUGAGCCUGUUUUCAAUCCCCAUGGCAGCUCCCUCUGUGUUUCCCCGUUCACAGCUGGAGUCGGGAACGGUUUGUCUUCUCUUAAUGGGAAACUUGAGCUCCAUGCAGGCUGUGAUCCGAGGCUGGACGCUGCCAGGUGGUUGUGUUUGGUUUUUUUUUUUUGGUGUAGGAUAAAGUGAUGUUUGCAGUCGAGGUUUUCAGUGUUAACAAUGGACAGCUUCAGAGAGCCCAGGGAUGUCCCAUCUCACCUCUUACUUUGCGCAGGAGACCCGGUGAGAGAAAUGGAGCUGUCCCUGUGGUAGAGCUGGGGACUGACUCUCCUGCUCCAUCCACACUUGCUGCUGCAGUCAGCAUGUAUGGUGGGCGUUUAUUAAUUUAUAACUAUAAAAUAAAUUUAUAAUUUAUUCCAGUAACGCCUUGUUAGAGAUGAGCUCUUUAGCACUUUAUUGUCCCUAAACUACUCCGCAGCCUCUUGACCCUCACUUCAAGUCUUCUUUGGCUUUUACCGUGCCCAGUGGGGAACAUGACUAUUUGGCCUCAGCGGUAGAAGCCUGCCCCUUGCCUGCCCCAGCCACGCGGCUCUCAUGCCUGUGGGUGGUGUGAUCCAAGAUUUGUUAUGUUAGAGCAAAAGGCAUGUUCUUGGCCAGAGUGGGUCUGGCCAUGUAGGUGGAAGGGCGUCCUUUCUGUCCUACAGAUUGGGCUCCAUCAUACCUGGAGUCAUGUGGUGUCUAAGGACUUUUUUAAGGUUCUACUGUGAGUCAGAGUUGAACCUGAAGCUGUUGCUGGGCUGGCCCUGCGUGUGGGAUUCUUCAGGCUUUGUGGCCCAAGGAUGUGCCUGGACCUGCUUGUCAGUGUCCCGACAAAUCUACAGCCUCCCUGCACAGACUUAGUCUUUCCAGGCUCCCCAGCCCAGGCCUGUGAGAUAAUGAAACAGAGCAGCCUGGAGGUCACUGGGCUCUAGUUGGUGGCAUAGCCAGCAGCUUUGUUGCAACUCAAGUAAAGAGGUAAAGAGGCAAGGAAGGAAUGCCAGAAAGGGGUGUUGCCCUGGGCGAGGCUCAGAAGCGCAGGAGGUGGAAAAGAGGCAGGAUGGAAGCCCACGGAUAGCAGCCAUGGAUGCCAAGUGGUGCUGAGGGCAGUGGGGCAUGGCUGCAGCCCUGCAGGUCCUGCGUCACUUGGCCAGAGCCCCCUCGGGCCCACUCCUCUUGGGGGGCCCAUUGGCCCGCCUGGCCAGUAGCAUGGCUCUGGCAGAGCAGGCACGGCAGCUGUUUGAGAGCGCUGUGGGGGCAGUGCUGCCGGGCCCCAUGCUGCAGCGGGCCCUGUCCUUGGACCCUGACAGCGGAGAGCUGAAGGUGCGGGACCGGAGCUUUCAGCUGAGGCAGAACCUCUACCUGGUGGGCUUUGGCAAGGCUGUGCUGGGCAUGGCAGCUACAGCUGAGGAGCUCCUGGGCCAGCAUCUUGUGCAGGGCGUGAUCAGUGUUCCCAAGGGGAUCCGUGCGGCCAUGGAGCAUGCCGGCAAGCAGGAGAUGCUGCUGAAGCCACACAGCUGCAUCCAGGUAUUCGAGGGUGCGGAGGACAACCUGCCGGACCGGGACGCUCUGCGGGCUGCGCUGGCCAUCAGGCAGCUGGCCGAAGGCCUCACAGCUGACGACCUGCUGCUCGUGCUCAUCUCAGGAGGGGGCUCAGCCCUGCUGCCCGCCCCCAUCCCACCUGUCACGCUGGAGGAGAAGCAGACGCUAACUAAGCUGCUGGCAGCCCGGGGGGCCACAAUCCAGGAGCUGAACACCAUCCGGAAGGCCCUGUCCCAGCUCAAGGGCGGGGGGCUGGCCCAGGCUGCCUACCCUGCCCAGGUGGUGAGCCUCAUUCUGUCAGACGUGGUGGGGGACCCCGUGGAGGUGAUUGCCAGCGGCCCCACUGUGGCCAGCAUCCACAGCGUGCAAGACUGCCUGCACAUCCUCAAUCGCUAUGGCCUUCGCACUGCCCUGCCACGUUCUGUGAAGACUGUGCUGGCCCGGGCCGACUCUGACCCCCACGGGCCACACACCUGUGGUCACGUCCUCAACGUGAUCCUUGGCUCCAACGCACUGGCACUGGCCGAGGCUCAGCGGCAGGCUGAGGCGCUGGGAUACAGGGCUGUGGUGCUGAGCACAGCCAUACAGGGCGAUGUGAAAAGUGUGGCCCAGUUCUACGGGCUGCUGGCCCGAGUCGCUGGAGCCCGCCUCGCCCUGCCUGGCCCUGGGGCGUCUGUGGAGGAGGAUGAACGACUCUGUGAACUAGCAGCUGACCUCCAGCUCCCAGAUCUGCAGCUGAAGGAGGCUCUGGAGGCUGUGGUGGGCGCUCGGGGCCCAGUCUGCUUGCUGGCUGGUGGCGAGCCCACGGUGCAGUUGCAGGGUUCAGGCAAGGGUGGCCGCAACCAGGAGCUGGCCCUGCGUGUUGGAGUGGAGCUGCGACAGUGGCCACUGGGGACUGUUGACGUGCUGUUUUUGAGCGGCGGCACUGAUGGGCAGGAUGGGCCCACAGAGGCAGCUGGGGCCUGGGUCAGGCCUGAGCUCACCAGCCAAGCUGCCGCUGAGGGUCUGGACGUGGCCACCUUCCUAGCCCAUAAUGACUCACAUACCUUCUUCUGCCGCUUCCAGGGUGGGGCACACCUGCUGUACACGGGGCUGACCGGCACCAAUGUCAUGGACGCCCACUUCCUGUUCCUGCAUCCGCAGUGAUGAUGUAGGUCAUGUUUUGGGGAACCCAGAAGAGGCCUGCAGGGCAGUGUCCUGGAACAGACCAGGUUUGGUCCCCAGGGCCCGACCAAGCUUCAGGGCCCUUCUCCCUUGGCUGUGGCUACUUGGUUGGCCCUCACACCUCCCAACCAGGGCCUCUUCUCUCUGUCCAGUUUCACACUGGCCAGGCAGAUGGGGGCUCUCUUCCAACCCUACUCUCAGCCAUGGCAGCAGGUACCCCAGAGGACCAGGACAGGCCCCUGGGUCAGUUCGCUGUUCCUAGUCUUCCCCCCAGGCAGCCCCUCUGCUCAGCUCCCAAGCCUGUUUCAUCUGUGGGGUGAAGCACGAAGGACUGAAAAUAAAAAGGACCACGCUCUGGGUU